AUGACGUAUAAUUUAUACGCCAGUCUGUACAGUCUUCGAAGGAAUUAGUACUUAAAACGAAGAGUCACCAUGGUCAUGAAAUCAACAGUUGAGGAUGAUGAUACGGGGUGGGUACUGGGCCUCCCAGAAAAGAUGAAGAACAAUGCCAAUUGGGUUGAUAUUACUCGUGAAUUUAAAGGAGCCUGCAAAGAGUUGAACCUUGGAGAAUUGCUUCAUGAUAAACUUUUUGGCCUGUUUGAGGCCAUGUCAGCGAUAGAGAUGAUGGAUCCAAAGAUGGAUGCCGGAAUGAUCGGAAACCAGGUCAACAGGAAAGUGCUCAAUUUUGAGCAAGCAAUUAAGGAAUGUGCUAUAAAGGUGAAAGACCUUACUCUUCCUGAACUCAUUGGGAUCAUUGACACGUGUUUCUGCUGUUUGAUAACGUGGCUGGAAGGUCACUCUUUGGCUCAGACUGUGUUCACCUGCCUGUAUGUUCAUAACCCGGACCUGAUUGAGGAGCCGUCUCUCAAAGCUUUUGCCCUGGGUUUACUGAAGGUGUGCGACAUCGCUAGAGAAAAAGUCAACAAGGCGGCUGUGUUUGAAGAGGAGGACUUUCAGGCCAUGACUUAUGGUUUCAAGAUGGCCCAUAAUGUCACAGACUUGCGGGUGACAGGUAUGCUAAAAGAUGUGGAGGAUGAGUUACAGAGGAAAGUUAAGAGCACACGCAGCCGACAGGGGGAGCAGCGAAACCCAGAGGUUGAGCUGGAACACCAGCAGUGCCUGGCACUUUUUAACAGAAUCAAGUUUACACGCCUUCUACUGACUGCUCUGAUCGCCUUCACAAAGAAAGAGACCAGUGCAGUAAGUGAGGCCCAGAAACUCGCGGUUCAGGCAACAGAUCUGUUGUCGCCCAUUCAUUCCAGUAUUCAGUACGGCAUCCAGUCACAAAAUGACACCACUAAAGGAGACCACCCCAUCAUGAUGGGCUUUGAGCCUCUUGUUAACCAGAGACUCCUGCCGCCUACAUUUCCUCGCUAUGCCAAGAUAAUUAAACGGGAAGACAUGGUUGCCUAUUUCAGCAAGCUUAUAGAACGCAUCAAAACAGUGUGUGACAUCAUCAACACCACAAACCUACAUGGCAUACUGGAUUUCUUCUGUGAGUUCAGCGAGCAGUCUCCCUGUGUGCUCUCCAGGUCGCUUCUUCAGACAACGUUCCUGAUAGAUAAUAAAAAAGUGUUUGGCACCCACCUGAUGCAGGAUAUGAUUAAAGAUGCACUAAGGUACUUUGUUAGCCCACCUGUCCUCUCCUACAAAUGUUGUCUGUUCAACAACCACCAGGCCAAGGACUACAUUGACUCCUUCGUCACUCACUGCUCCAGGCCUUUCUGCAACCUCAUCCAGAUCCACGGACACAACCGAGCCCGACAGAGAGAUAAACUGGGGCACAUUCUAGAGGAGUUCGCAUCACUGCAGGAUGAGGCUGAGAAGGUAGAUGCAGCUUUGCACAGUUUACUGAUGAAACUUGAGCCUCAGCGACAGCAUCUAGCCUGCCUUGGCACUUGGAUCCUCUACCAUAAUCUGAGGAUCAUGAUCCAGUAUCUUUUGAGCGGUUUUGAACUGGAGCUUUACAGCAUGCAUGAAUACUAUUACAUCUACUGGUACCUGUCAGAGUUUCUUUAUGCAUGGCUGAUGUCAACUCUAAGCAGAGCCGACUCCUCUCAGAUGGCAGAAGAGCGCAUUUUGGAGGAGCAGCUGAAAGGCCGCAGCAGCAAAAAGGCCAAAAAGAAGAAGAAAGUUCGUCCUCUCAACAAGGAGAUCACCAUGAGUCAAGCGUACCAGAACAUGUGUGCUGGCAUGUAUAAGACCAUGGUAGCUCUGGAUAUGGACGGGAAGGUGCGGAAGCCUCAGUUUGAACUCGACAGUGAACAAGUUCGCUACGAGCAUCGCUUCGCCCCCUUCAAUAGUGUUGUCACUCCCCCGCCUGUGCACUACAUCCAGUUCAAGGAGAUGUCGGACCUGAAGAAGUACAACCCUCCACCCGGCUCUGCAGAUCUCUACCUGGCAGCUAGCAAACACUUUCAGCAGGCGAAGCUCAUCCUAGAAAAUAUGCACAGCCCCGACCCUGAGAUGAACCGCAUACUGAAGGUGGCCAAACCUAACAUUGUAGUUAUGAAGCUCCUGGCUGGAGGUCACAAGAAGGAAACCAAGGUGCUGCCAGAGUUCGACUUCUCCGCUCACAAGUAUUUCCCUAUUGUGAAGAUCAUCUGAUUCCUCUCGUAUCCUCCAGAUGGUUGAUUCCCUCACACAAAUAAAGUGUGUGGUGGUUCUCACCCUGUCAGUAUCUGAACAUUGCUUUACAACAUGUAAAGGAGUAUCUGAAACUUGUGUUUAUUUUCACAUAAAACCAGGCAAGAAAGCACAGCUGGACUUGAAUAAGAAACAAUAUCCACAGAUGCAUUAGUGGAAGUUUGAGUGUGUUUAUGUGGAUUUUACUUUCAUAACAGUCGUGUAAUGAGUGU